AUGGAAUUUUUAUUAACAGUUGCCCAAAACAAUAUUGAAGGAGCAAGACAAUUAUUACAAACUGGAAUUGAUGUCAAUUGUCCUAUAUUAUGGAAUGCGAAAAAUACAUAUUCACCUGUCAUACCCAAUAACAUUACACCAGAUAAACUUCAAUCAGAUCAAGAAUAUCAUUCACGUCCUUUGAAUAUUGCUGUAUUAGGUGGACAUGUAGAUAUGGUACGUUUAUUACUUAGUGCUGGUGCUGAUAUUAAUAUGAAAGACGGUCGUGGAAGAACUGCUCUUAUUUGUGCUAUAUAUGGAUUGGAUUUGGAUGCUUCAAAUAUCAAUACUUCAAAUUUACAUUUAAUUUCUCAAACACAUUCAAGUCACCUUGAAAUUAUGAAAAAUGUAUUAUUACGACAUCCUAAUUUAUAUGUAUCAACAUUGGAUUCACCACAAUAUGAAAUUAAAGGUAUUACUCCAUUAUGUCUAGCAAGUUAUUUGGGAAAAUCAGAUAUUAUUCAUUUAUUAUUGGAAGAUGGUCGUGUAAAUGUCGAUGGCACUGACAGUAAAAAUGCUUCGGCUUUAAUGUACGCAGCUCGUGAUGGAAACUUACCUAUUGUUCAAAUGCUCCUUGGCUAUGGUGCUUCUCCUGAUAUUACUGAUAGUCAUGGUUGGUCCGCUAUUCAAUAUGCUGAAAAAAAUCCUGAUAUUGUCCAAUUAUGUGAAGAAGCUUUACGAACAAGAAGACCUGAUAUUACUAUGAUACAUGCACCUGUGAAUCCAGUAGCAAGAUACCCUACCAAUUACACUAAAUUAUCAACAUUGAUCUCAUCACUUCCUCAAUAUCAAUCAUCACUCUCUCAUUUGGAAUUUGAUACCCUGCAAGAUAUCGAUUUGAUGGAUCCAAUCACUGCUCCUAUAGUUCAAAUAGUUCAAAUGUCUUUUUUACAUGCAAUCAAAUCUCAUGAUCAUACCUCUCUACAAACUCUUUUACUUUGGUCUCCACCUAUCAUGCACAACAAUCGAUCUUAUGGUGCUCUAUUGAUCAAUUAUCAUGAUACAAAAACUGGUUUAACUGCCAUUCAUCAUGCCAUGCGUGCAAAACCUCUUCCUUCUCUUGAUACAUUGGCCAUGUUAUAUCAAGCAGGUGCUGAUAUCAAUGCUCAAACUUAUUAUGGUCGUACAGCUCUUCAUCAUUUGGCUCGUAUUGGCGUAGAUAAGGAUGGAAAAUCUUGGGGAAUACAGAAAAACCCUAUGACAAAAUCUAUUUUGGCUGCUCCUACUAUACCCGCUCAUCUUGGUUUAUGCGCAUCUUUACUUAUUCAACUAGGUGCUCUCGUCAAUAUUGCUGAUCCAACUGGUAAUACUCCAUUACAUUUUGCUGCUGAAUUUGGUGCCGUUACUGAAGUUCUUGAAGUCUUGAUUCUGGAUGGUAAUGCUGAUUUACAUUUAAAAAACAAGAAACAACAAACUCCAUUGGAUAUUUGCAAGACAGAUGAGAUUCGCAAGUGCAUGUUAGCUUUGGAACAAGAACGAAAAACCAACCAUCGCACUAAAAUCACUACUUCAUUAGCAAGUACAGCUGGCAACAUCAAACCUUUUGAUACAGCAAGCGACUACCGACAUUCUUUGACUCGAUCCAUGUCACGUUCUACAGUACAAUCAUCUACUCUUCACGGUGGAAAAGGAGACGCGGCCACAACAACUUCACCCUCAGUGAUCUUACCUACCUCUAUCUCAGAAGCAGCCAAUAGGGACAAGGAACUCAAAAAGAAAGACGACGUUUUGGACCAAAUCGACGCUGAUUUUGAAAAAAUUUUGAAUGCUUUUUUAAGUUAUCAAACCACAUUCACCGAUUCAAUCGAAAAUGCAUUAGCUUAUAUCACAGAAACCAUUCUUCGUUCAUGGCAACCAGAUCAUAUAACAACAGCACCAUCCACUUCACCAACCUCCAUGGCUCAAUUGGAACGUACCAUUGUACAAUUAAGAUUUGAAUUACGUGAAGCCCAUGAUAUGUUUGAUCAAACUGACCAGCGCGCGGAAAAAGUGAUGCUCCAUUAUCGUGAAGAACUGGAACAAGUGGAACAAGUCCAUCAAGCGGAUUAUGAUCUUUUGGACUUGCAGCAAGACAAGGUGGAUAAAUUAUUUGAUGUGUUUGAACGUAUUGAUAGUCGAUUCUGUCAGUUGGAAGUAGAUCAAGAUGAAUUGAUUGGACAAGUGGAAAGUGCUCGAAAGGCGGCCAUACGACAAUUACGACGGCUUCAUAAUAAUGAGGAUGGUGAUGAUCUUUCAUGUUGUUUGACCAAUCUGAUGCAAGCUUUGGUGAUCUUAACCACUGUCCCUAUUGGUGAUCCUGUCUUAUACCUUCGAGAAGAUCGAUCUAGACUUUAUAGCGAUUUGGAUAAAGUCAUACAACAACUAUUUCAACGAGCCUCCGAUACCACCACUCAGGAAUGGGUUGCUUUUUCAGAAAAAUGGCAUCAAGUGAAAGAUCUUUUGACAAAACAACCAACCACUGAAGAACAACCAAUUGAAACACCAACAACGAAAACAAAAGCAUCCCAUUGGAAACGCCAACUUGUCACAGCCUCCUUGUACUCAAAAUCAACUCAAAAAAAAGAAAAAGGCAAUCGAUCAUUGAACGAAUUGGAACUCUCCUUUGAUAUUCUCAGCUCCAACAUUAGUGAAAUUCUCAAGGAUAUUGAAGAACUUGAAGAUCAAUCGAAUCAAGUGAUGGAAAACAAGAAACGAAUGUACGAUGUCUGUUUGUCUCUGGAAAAGGAAUUGGCGACCAAGAAAUACGAGGGGGAACGAACGGAAGCUGUAGUACAAAAUGAAUUGGAUCAAAUCAUGCGAUGCACCAAAGCUUUGUUUGAUCGACAAUCCAAUCUGGAUAAGGAAGCUUCAGUAUUGAAGAAGGAACAUGAAGCAUUUGAAGCACAAUUGGAAGCCACCAAACAAGAAUUACGUCAAGUACGACCACCUCUCUUACUUCAAGGAUUAUUGGAAAGGUUGGAAACGGAUGAAGGUCCUUUGGUACGGGUGGAAAAGGAUUGGCAAGAAGAUGCAAAUUUGGUGACCACAUUUAUGGACGACAUCAACAACAACAACAAUGAUGAUGAUGAUUGUGAUUUAGAAUCAGAUGAAUCUUCCUCCUCGUCUUCAUCCUCUGCUUCUACAAAUAAUGCCAAUAAGCAUCGGUCAACAAGUAUGAUGAAAAAGUUAUUCAAAACACCUUUAUCGAUGCAAUGUCUGAUUUCUCGUAUGGAUGCAAGUCUCUAUUGUCUCAAAGUAUUGGCCGCUCAUCAUAUCACACGAUGUCGUCAAGCUCUUUUAGAUGUCCAAGCUAAUCUGACUCAAGCAAGCGAAGAAGUGAGUGAUGCUCGCAAUCAAAUGACCACACUUUAUGAUGAUGCUGCCGAAGUGGCACGUCAAGUAUAUGUAUUCAAAACCGAAGUGGAAAUGAUCAUUCGACAUCGUAAGGAAGAAGUGGUCAAGGUAUGGGAAGUUGUGGAUGAAGUUUCUGUUGGUAUUGAUACUACAUUGGCUACUCAAGAACAUCAACAAGAGUUACAACAACAAAAAGAAAAGAAAUUACCUCCACCGCCUCCAAAAACAACAAAAACAAAAACGGAACAAGAGGAUCAUCAAGAUCGACAUCAGUGGGUGUUACGUGAAUUGGAACGAUUCCAAAUUGUACAUGAAAAUUUACAAGAUGCUAUUGAAGAAUUGAAACGUGAUCAAACUGAAAUUGGACAAAGAAUUCGACAUGUAGCAACAAGUUUAAUUGAACCUCAAGUGGAUCGAUUGGUGGGUCAAGGUGACCGAUCUUUACUUUCCAUUAGUGAUUUUUUGGCAGAAUUGAUGGAUGCUAUUCGUAUUCAUGAUCUUGGUUUGAAUUUGGAUGAAAAAGAUACAGGUUCCACCAUGAUUAGUACCAAUGGAACAAAUCAUGUUCGAUUAUCUCGUUUGACCAGUCUUAGUAGUACCAAAUCAACAAAUAAUCAACCAAGACGAUUAUCUAUUGCCAGUGGACGAUCCAAUGUUACAAACAAUAAUCGCAUUUCCAUGGUUCGUGAUAGAAAACGUAUGUCCAUGAUGUCUACUUCUAGUUUAUCUUCUUUAUCCUCUUACCAACAAGAACGUAUGUUAUCGCGUGCUUCCAAUCUUAGUCAGGCUUUACAACGAAAACGAUCUUCUUCUCAAUUCCUUCAUUCUUAG